GAGGUCGCCGGGUAGCGAAUCGCGACCUUGACACGUUACAGUUUAGAUAUCAUGGCAGUUGCGGCGUGUCGCAGUUGUAACUUAACUCCGCGGGCUACAACGCGCCCGUAAGCGGAGGCGUCGCGAACGAAUCGUUUAUUCGCGGCUAUAGCCCAAGUUAAAUUAGUUUCGUCGUCAGAAAUUAAUCUCGGCGAUAGAAGCCUACGUAGUAGCUCCCCCCCCCCCCCAACAUUAAUACCGAUUAAAUAAUUCCGCUUUCGUCUCGCACACACUCGGCCCGCGCGCUCGUCCGAUCCGCGCGAACGAGCGCGGAAAGCUCGAAAAGUGGAUUACGUUUGCGAGACUCGAAAAACAAGAAGAAAGCUACCGACAAAAGUUUUCAAAUUAACUCGAUUAUCACAAACCAACCAAGACGAAUCCUUGUAAAUCAUCGCGGGCCAUCGGAUUAAGAGUGCCCUCGAGAUGCGGUGAUGGCUUUGUUGUAUAGGUUCGCGCAGCUGCACGAUCGCAGUGGCACGCGGGUCUUCUCCUUCGUCGUCACUAGGACCGUCGUGCGCGAUCCUGAGAGAGACGUUACCAGCAAGGAACUAGUAUGCGGUUUUCAGAGAUGGGCCGUCGCUUUUUCACGCGGGGAAAAGGUCCUGGGCGUGUACUUAGUAUGGCGUGGCGCGUCAAGAAACCUCCGCGUAUACGUGGACUUCACGUUCACGUUGCUGAACCGAGAGCACUUCUCCAUGAACGAGAGCUUCUCUGGCAAACGCGUCAAGUUCACCUACGAGGCGCCGGCCCAGGGCAACCGCAGCUACAUCGCCGUGGCGGAUCUCUACAGCCGUAAUUUCGCCGACACGAACGGCGAGUUUCAGCUGGAGCUGUCCAUGGCGAACGUGCGGACGGUCUACAUGACGGAGGUCAGGAUGCCGACGUCGGUGUUCUCGGCCGGCCAGACGAAGCCGAACAAGUUGGAGACCGACUACUUCGCCUUCGGCGGUUUCGACUGGAAUCUCGUCAUCUAUCCGCACGGCAAGGAUGCGGACGGCCGUAGCCAAGACAGCCGCGUGAGCGUCUACCUGAUGAGAUUGUCGGGCUUCGAUCAUCGGUGCAGAGUGAGGUACAGCCUGGCCCUGGGCGAGGGUGAACGGCGGAUCGAUUCCGGUCAAAUCGAGGAUAUAUCCGACGCCGAGGGCUGCGGCUUCGGAUGGCACACCAGGGUCAGGUGGUCCGACAUCGCGCACAAGGGCACGCUUCGCGUGUCGCUCGAGAUGCUCGAGGCGAGGACCAUCUGCGAGGUCGCGGUGCAGGCGCUGGGCCCGUCGGUCCUGCCGGCUGCGCCCUGUUACGAUCGCGACAAGCAGGCCUGGGCCAUUCGCGCCGACCUCAACUCCGACACGGUCAGGCUGCACUUGGUGUACAAAGACAUCCACAAUGUGCCGAGGAAUCAUUUAAGGUAUGUCAGUUGGUCAGCAUAUUUACUGAGGGGCGAGGGACCAAACGUCAAGGCGAUUGGGCUGUCCGGCGAACCGUUCAGUCGCUACUACGUUCAGGAGUCUGUCGACGAGGGUAUCAUCAUGGAGACUAAUGUGGACAUGAACGAGGUGAAGGAGAAUCACUGUCCAUAUCUCACGGACAAGGGCCAGUUGAAAAUUCGACUGGAGUGGAACGAGAGUCACUUGCUCUUUCAGGCGACCUAUCACAAAUAUGACGACGUGUGUCGCGUGCAUAAUCAGCAGAUGCGACGUGAGAUCGUGUCGCUGCAAGCGGAGAACUACAGUCUCGAACGACAGCUGUUCAGCUAUCAGAAGAGCCUGGCGUAUGCACAGGCGCAGCAGCAGCAACAGCAGCAGCAGCAACAGCAACACCCGAAUCAGCAGCACCACUCGGUGGUGGGUCAUCAGGGUCAUCUCGAGCGAUCGGCGUCCAGCGACACCGAAUACGCUUGACAAGUGGA